CGCGACAAUAGUCUUAUUAUUAUUGCGGACUACAACAUCACCCGCUUCCGCCGCAGCAGACUCGCAUCACCGCUGCAUACCCCCAGUCAUUGUGGGAUCUUUCCGCCCUUCUCAAACAGCCUGUUUCCAUGAGUGCAGUUCACGUGGGAAUUUGGGUCCGCAGCGCGAUUAACUUACCAACCAUCAAUUCGAGCAAAUCUGGGGUCUAUCUUCCGCCCCCCGCUCUCUCUAGAUUGCGAGAUCACGGAAUCCCUCGCUGAUCAUUUUUCAUAACCUCUUGCCUUUUCUUUUGCCCUCAAAACUACCAAUACUACUACCAGUUCUCAAUUCCGCAGCAGGGGAUCUUAGAAGUUCCGCCACCUACCGAGCAGCUCAGGGUCUCCCGCGCUUAAAUCAACAAAUAUUUCCCACCAUAUGCGAGCUCUAUCCAAGCGGCCCUUUGCUCCGUAGUCCAUCUUGCGCAACCGAAGGUCGGUGUUUGCGCCCAGUAACUAAUUAGGGAGGUGAGGACGUGUGUGACGGUGUAUUAGGCCUCAAGAUUGCCGUUGUUCCUUAUAUUCACGUUUUGCAUCCCGACCAUCCUUUCCCCCCUUACAACCCCACCCUGGUCACAAUCAUCCGGCACCGCGCGCAAAUUACACCCGCUGCAUGAUUGUGCGCUAGACGAUCUUGUUACAGGGUUUCUUUAAUUAUGUCACUAAACCGUUGACUUUAUUCUACGUGCACUUCUGUCCCCGUGGUGGAAGCUUCAAAUGGCCGGCGAGCAGCCCGCCCGCCCGGAUUCCGCUACUCAAACCGGCAAGUCAAAAUCCAGGUUAAAGUCUCGAGACGGCACAGCGGCGGUGAAACGACGAUGUGUCAGUACUGCAUGCAUUGCCUGUAGGAAAAGGAAAUCUAAGUGCGAUGGAAAUACACCUACUUGUGCUGCGUGCGCAUCCGUCUAUCAUACACCAUGUAUAUACGACCCCAACUCAGAUCACCGUCGAAAGGGCGUCUAUAAGCAAGACAUCGACAACUUGAAAAAUCGCAAUACCACUCUGCAGACGCUAGUUCAGGCAAUCCUCAAUUAUGAUGAAGCCGACGUGCCGGAGCUCGUCCGGCAAAUACGGUCAUGCGAAGAUCUAGAGCAAGUAGCGGAGUCUAUUAUAGCGCGAGAAAAAACGUCGGGCAAAGACGUCACUCGGGAGGUGUUUACAGAAGACGAUAAUGAACAGUCCACCGAAGUCCCCCAAUUCGAGUCUGAACUUGCGGGGAAGAUGAGCGAACUGAUAAUGGAUGGUACUGUGAGGUUUGUUGGAGGCACUUCGAAUUUAAUAUUCUUGCCCGCUGAGUUCUACCUUGAGGAGCCGGAUGCCUCGUUCGCUCUUGUGGAGCAGAAUCAAGACACGGGCGAUGCUAUCACUGGUUGGACCCGAGUAACGAAAAGUAAAGAACUUAUCCGCCACUUGUUGACCAUGUAUUUUACAUGGCAUUAUGCAUAUUUUACGACAAUGUCGAAGAAGCUAUUCUAUCGCGAUUUUAUUAAAGGACGGUCGACCCAAUACUGUUCAUCGCUUCUUGUAAAUGCUAUGCUAGCGCUCGGUUGCCACUUCAGCUCAUGGCCUGCUUCAAGGAGUGACCCGAACGACUCCGCAACUGCUGGCGAUCACUUCUUCAAAGAGGCUAAAAGGUUGAUAUUGGAGAAUGAUGAACAUGAAAGGGCAAAACUAUGCACCGUGCAGGCUCUUGCCUUGAUGUCAGUGCGGGAAGCUGGCUGCGGGCGAGAGGGCUCCGGUUGGGUAUAUAGCGGAAUGAGCUUCCGAAUGGCUUACGAUCUAGGUUUGAACGUCGACGGUACUGGGAUUGCUUCUUCCCACAGUCUGACUGAGGAGGAUAUCGACGCACGAAGGAUGACGUUCUGGGGGUGUUUCCUUUUUGACAAAUGCUGGUCUAACUACCUAGGACGUCAACCCCAGUUAUUAGGUUCCAGUAUCUCCGUUCCCAAAUUUGAUGUCUUCCCCGACGAGGAUGCGGAAACAUGGUCCCCGUACACGGAUUCGGGAGUUACGCGUGAACAUAUACAGCCUUCUCGAACAAGGGCCAUUUCGCUUCAAAUAUUACGUCUGAGUGAGAUCAGUAGCGAUUUACUAUCGUACUUCUACCAUCCGAAGCCGCUCGAAAGACAUAUUGGAAAGCAAGAGGAAUUAAAGCGGCUAAGUCAGCUUCACACGAGGCUAGAAGCCUGGCGAAAAGGCCUUCCCAAAGAAAUGGAGCCGAAGGAAGGCCAACUACCCCAAGUCUUGCUUAUGCACAUGUUCUUCCAACUCCUCUUUAUACACCUCUACCGCCCAUUCCUCAAAUACACAAAAUCCACUUCCCCACUUCCCGCCCAUGUCUCACCAAGAAAACUGUGUACACAGUCCGCAUCUACGAUAUCCAAAUUACUUCGACUAUACAAACGCACCUAUGGAUUCCGCCAAAUCUGCAACCUUGCCGUGUAUAUUGCACAUUCUGCUUGCACAAUUCAUCUGCUCAAUCUACCAGACAAGACUGCGAAACGAGACCUCAUUCAUGGUCUCAAAAAUCUGGAGGAGAUUUCUGAAAGCUGGCUUUGCGCACGUCGGACUUUACGGAUCCUCGAUAUCUCAGCGCAAAAGUGGAAUGUUGACUUGCCAAGUGAGGCCUUGGCAAUUUUUGAGCGUUCACACGCCAAGUUUGGACCUUGGGGUUCCUGGGACCAGGUACAUUCUCCCUCGAAUUCGGACGCAUCUGACAAGGACAGAGGCCACAGACCAAGAUCAGCAAAUUCUCAUGUAACGCCCGAACCUAUUUCACGUCCUUCGAAACCCAGUAUGCGCGCACGCGUGAAAGAGGCCACUACUCAUGUACUCAAUCCGUCAUUCUCGCAAUAUCAGUCGUUCCCUACCGCAACCCCUCAACUUUCGCAAAAACAGCCCAUUCUCCCAACAAAUUUACCAUCAUCUCUACUACCCGAUCAUGCCUUCUCUAUGCCAGUAUCAAAAAGAUCUUACCGCGCUAGUUUCGAUACGGUUCCAAAACACUAUGCCUGGACAAGGUCCCAGCAGGCCCAUGUGGACAUGUCCACUAGUAGCAACAGCCUGUCUAAUAUGAAUGCGCCGCAGCUGGCAACUAUAGGAGGUAUGGAAAAUUUAGUUGAAUCAAGCCAAGAUUGGUGGCUAAAGGAUCAAAAUGCGUUAGCAUUGGGACUAGACAACUGGGGCGAGAGCUGGAAUAGUCCUGCUGGACCGGUCUGUACUAGUAUGGAUUUUGAACACAGCAUACCAGCGGUUGCUCUCGGGGGUAAUAGCGAACAAAUGAUUGGCAGUAGCAGCCACAGUCUGGGCCCCAGCCAGCUGUCAGAUGCCACCGAUAGCAUGGGAAUCAAUAUGCCUUUAACCCUACCGGGAUUCGACGCUGAAUAUACUGAUGAAAACGGGCUGUCCCAGACGAGAACGGGUGUGGAUCAGGACACCACGCGGCCGGACCAAACAUCGACGGCGGAUACGGGAUCCGGGGCUCUCGGUCAAAUGUAUUACUAGUCAUCACCGACCCAUGAUGCGAUUAAGACCCAAGUAGAUGGAAGCGAUUCCGAAGGAGACUCGACGGCAACUUAUGUCCAUACUCAUCGCUGGCCCUGAUGAAACGCUUCAAUGUCUUAUCAUCUAAAAAUACGACGUCACGUUCAUUUUCUAUUCUCUCUUUUCAUCGUGAGCUAUAGCGUACCCACUUUUGCCUAGAGGUAGAGAUUCUCCGCACCUAAAUUUCAGCCACCUUUUAUCGACCCAAACCUGCAUUGUGUAUUUGUCCUAUACACAUGUAUCUGCCCUCACAUUCCCCAAAUAAUGGAACCGGAAAAGAAAACAGAAUCCUUUUCCUGGAAUUCCCCCUCAUCUCUCUACGGAUGAACGAUUUUCAGUGGCGCUUCAUCAGCUACGUUUCCUACUGCCAACCCCAACCAAGACUUAUCAGAAAACAAGGGAGUGGGAUUUCAUUUUGCCUUGAACGCGCCAAUAACCCGCCAACGAAGAGAGUUUCAAAUCUUCUCCCCAUCCGUCCUUCCCUGCUGGAAGCUUGAAACUGGCGACUGGUUGGCGGAGAGGGCGGAAAGGACGUCAGAGAUAUGGCGUAACCUCUUCUGGCGCUCUACUUACGUUUGUCAUACAUAUAUCUACAUAAUCUUUUUCCUAUUUUUCCGUCGCUGGAUCUCGAGAUACAUACAGGGAUACAGGGAAAGGUUCCAUGACCACGGUCAUGAUAGAGUCGGUAUUUACGUUUUUUUGCGAUAUGCUGGUAUUUGGCUAUUCUUUUCCUUCCUUUUUCAUUCUUUUCCUUCCUUUUUCAUUCUUUUCCAUUAUUUUCCGCUUUUAUUCUUUAUUAUCUUGUCUAUUUGUCGUCUCCCACCUCAGUCAACUGCUUUUGUGUAUCCUCUGGAUUUCGUCAGCAUCCAUUGGGGGAGCCUGGUUGCGGACAACAGGGUGGUGAUUUCUCAUCCUUCCCUUUUUUUUUCCCGUUUUAUUCUUUCAUUACCCCUUCAACUUGAAUAGCUGGCAUAAAUGUAUAUAGAUAUAAGUGUAUACACACAGAGGUAAAUAGACAGGUAAGUUUUUAGGUUAUAUUCUAUUUAGUUGGGCUUUUGCAUUCAUGCUGCUAGAGCAGAUCUCAAUGGAGGUGCUCUGGAUCAAGGGGGCUGGAGGAUGAUUAAUUAGAUGCGGAGGGUGAACUGAUGAUGGCGGUUUGGACAGUCACACAACACGGUCUUAGAACUUAACGUGACAAGAAUACAGGCACAGGCACAUUUCAUUCUGCCUGAGACACCAAACAUGUUUCGCAGUUUAACAUGUAGUUGUUUCGAAUAAAUUGGGGAAAAAAAAAAAAGAAAAAAAAGAAAUUAAAUGAACAUAAGAAAAAGACCUAGAUCCCGUUUCGUUACGAUCUAUAUAUUCGCUCUCUUUCUUCUACUAGCGUACAACCCCCGUUGUUAUGCGGACUUCUUUUCCAUAAGCAAAUUGUAUAUACCAAAUAUUUCAUCCCGGUAUGCGCCAACGAGGAUAACAGGCUAGGCCUUAUUAGAAUUUAGCAGAUGGUACACGGAGAAGGGAGUGUGUGGGUGGUUGAGGGAAAUUGAGUGACGGCCGGGUUGGAUAUAAUGAGAUUUGUAUUUGAUGGUAUAACGGUAUAUGGUAUCACUAUUUAUUAGGUGUCCGUUAGAGAGCUGUUCCUUCAAGGAUAAAAAGGUGGGAGAACGAGAUAGGCCAGUGGGAUGUAGGGACCAGGAUCACAAUUAACAAGGUUGCAAUAACCGAAAAGAAAAACAUACCAGAAAGUAAUCAGCAACCGGUUUCUUCGCCGGCAUCCCUCUUGUAUCCUGCGCCGCCGCAUCGAACACCCUAUACCUCCUUCCAGGACCUAGUAUCCCCCCCUGCUGACCUUGCUGCCUCAUAUCAGCAACAGCGCCAGCACUCCGUCCAUAGUCGCCAUUGCUCCUCGCAAUUGUUCCCCCGUUGCUCACAUCCUCACCCAGCUCCAAUAUUGCUGCCACAUUGCCGCACCUGUAGCAAUAAUUCGGCGCAGACCAGACUGUCACAAUGCCACCGUCGAACAUCUCUUUGAACCCUUCCAUGACGAGUUGAUGUGCCCGCGCGAUGAGCGAGAGGUCGUUUCUGUGGCUAAAAUGCUUGACGAUGUCACCUCCGAAGAGAAAGCCUGCUCCCCGUGGAGAUAGACCCCAGCCUUCAAUUUCGUCUGGAUCGGACCAAAGAAGGUCGCACAUGGCACCUUCGUGCGGCACUUCUUGUUUUCGGUCGAUAAGGCGGAUUUUAUCGAUGCUGUCCACCAGUGGGGACAGCCCGCCAUGAACGCAAAAGACAGC